UCCGAGAAGGGUCAUCGGUAAUUCUCCAAAAACAAUAGAAUUUCAUACUUAUAGUGACGCUUCUAUGAAAGCUUUGGGAGCUUGUAUCUUUGUUAGGACCAUAGACGACAAUGACCAAAUAACUGUCAGGCUUCUAUGUGCUAAGUCCAAGGUUACCCCAUUAAAUCCUGUUACCGUUCCCCGCUUAGAGCUUUUUGCUGCUUUACUUGCCGCUAGACUUUCUAAAAGCGUAGCUAACAGUAUAAGAUACAAACCUUAUCGUUGGGUACAUUGGUGCGAUUCCACCGUCGUUCUGGGGUGGCUCAACAGUGAUCCUGGAACGCUUAAAACUUAUGUAGCUAAUAGGGUCCUAGAAAUUCAAGACACAACAUUAUCUUCAUGCUGGCGCUAUGUGCCCACCAGUCUUAAUCCUGCUGAUUUAAUCUCCAGGGGACUCAGCGCCUCUGAGUUACAAAAUUGUGAUCUAUGGUGGAAAGGUCCGAGUUACCUAUAUCAAGCCGAGUCCAGUUGGCCAGUCUUGAAUUCAAACAGCAUUUUAAAUGAUCUACCUGAAACAAAAAAUAGUUCAUUAAAUAAUUUACCUAAGUUCAAAUAUAAUAAAAAGCACAUACCUGUUAUCAUGUCAAAGGCAGCUACACUCGCAGAACCUGUAAUAAAAUUCGAAAACUAUUCAAAAUUAUCUAGAUUGCAAAGAAUCUUAGGAUAUCUUAAGCGAUUUAUAUACAAUUUAAAAAAUAAAAACUGUAAACUUACCGGAAAUUUAACACUUGAUGAGCUAAAUGACUCAUUUCGAUAUUUGUGUGCAGUUGCUCAAAAACAAUCCUUCGCCACUAAAUACAAUAUUUUAAUUCAGGGAAAACCAUUAAAUAUGAAAUCUAAAAUUUUGAAAUAAAACUAGUUUUUAACGGAUUUAAUCGCGUAUAUUAAUUAUUUUAACAUAUACGAAAUAUGCACGCUGGUCCUCAGCUUUUACUAUCAACUAUUAGGGAAUACGUCUGGCCUAUCAACGGAAGACGCCUUGCACGACAAACUGUAUUUAGGUGCGUACGGUGUAGGCGGAUCCAAGGUAAAACGUUAAGUCCUAAAAUGGGUGAUCUACCCUGUCAGCGUGUUACCCUUAAUUUUCCAUUUGCAUCUGUAGGCAUAGACUUUGCCGGUCCUUUUUUCAUAUUAAAUCGUAGAGGUCGUGGUGCGAAAGUAAUUAAAUGCUAUUUAUGCUUAUUUAUUUGUUUACGUUACAAAUGCGUUCAUUUAGAAGCAGUUAGUGACCUAACAAAAGAUGCUUUUAUAAUGACUUUAAGACGUUUCGUGUCACGUCGAGGCAAGCCAGUGGAAAUAUGGUGUGACAAUGGUCGUAACUUCGUAUCAGCCGCCAAGGAGUUAAAUUCUUUUUUAAAAAAUAAUCAACAAUCUCUAAUAGACUUUGCAACCCACGAGAAAAUUAAAUUCAUAUUCAGUCCUCCGUACGCUCCUCACUUUGGAGGAAUCUGGGAAGCAGGGGUCAAAUCCGCUAAAUUCUUUAUAAAGCGCGCCAUGGGCAAUUCUCAUUUAACAUUUGAGGAAAUUUCUACAUUAUUUACACAAGUGGAGUCUAUAUUAAACAGUCGUCCUUUACAUCCAUUAUCAACCUCUCCUGACGUUUUCCUUGCUCUUACUCCUGGUCACUUUCUUAUUGGGAGGCCGUUGACUGCGUUACCAUCGCCCGAUUUGAAGACAGAAAAUCUCACUACCACGCAGCGUUACGCUCGAUUAGAACAAAUCCGACAACACUUCUGGCGACGCUGGCAAAAGGAAUAUAUAUCUGAGCUGCAGCAGCGGACGAAAUGGAGAACAAAUCUUGCCAAGCUCAAUAUAGGGGAUUUGGUUUUAAUUCAAGAAGAUGAUGUGCCCCCUUUAUCCUGGCGUCUCGGGAGAAUAACUCAUCUGUAUCCGGGACCAGACGGAGUGCAUCGGGUAGCAGACAUUAAGACCACACGAGGUUCCAUUCGAAGAACAGUGGUGCGAAUCUGCCCUCUUCCGAAAGCUGAAGAUCUUCAAUGUUGAAAGGCAACCUUUCAACGAGGGGGGAAGAUGUUCGCGCCUAUAACCAUUUAAGGG